GGAAGAUCUGGACUGAACUGGUUCAAGAAGUUCAAGAUCAACAUCAGUCUGGACCCUGAGUGACCUUGGACCAGAGCUUGAUCCUCCUCAGAUGAUCCUGCUGCUGAGCGGAAGAACUGGAUGUUCUCCUGAUGCCUUGCCACCUUUUGGUCAGUGGGAUUUGUACACGGGUCUGAUGGGAACAUGUUGGUGAGUGACUGUGGCCAGGAGGCGAGUCAUAAGCAGGAAUCAAACCGACACUCUUGAUGGUACGCAGCGGGAUGUUGGUGCUGCUGCUCACCUGGAUGCUGCUAGCUGCCAGAAUCCACAGCUGGAGACCCUGUACAGAGCUGACUCCUCUGGACCUGCUGGACCAGGCGCUGCCCCGCCCAGGCCAGACCCCAACCACUCAGGUGCAGAUGGUUCAGUCCAGAGGGACACCAGGACUUCGACUGGCCGGCGGCCUGGAAACGCCACUGAAGUUUCCCGCCUCGCAGAUCUUCAUCAACUGUGACUUCUUCCCCGCUGAAUUCUCAUUGGUCGCCACUGUGAAGAUACCCAGACUGAAACACAAGACAAACGAGUACCUCUUCUCUCUGGUGAUGGACAGAUCAAAUUUGCUGUUGCUGGGGUUACGAUUCUCCGAGAACCGUCUCCACUUCUUGACCACAGUGCCUGGCGCUGGUGGGCGGAGCCGACUGACUUUUAAGGACGUCAGAUUGGACGACAACUGCUGGCACACCUUGGUGUUGGCUCUUGCUGGACCUUAUGCUACACUGACGGUUGACUGUGGACUGCCGCUGGAGCUUGAACAGACCCACUCUUUCCCCAGUGCCUUGAGCACACGUGGUUCCUGGUUUUACCUCGGCAGCCGGGGCAGGUUCAGGCAGCGCUUCUCUGGUCUGCUUCGUCAGCUGGUUCUGCUCCCAGGCUCUGACGCCACUCUCAGGCUGUGUCCGGCCAACAACCCCAGCCUGUCCGAACUGUCCGUCCCCCAGAUCUUGAAAUCCAGUCCUGUGCAGCCAGACCAGCAGGGACCCGAGUACCCAUACGAAACAGAGACCAGAGUGAUGGUGGGAGUCCCCCCGUCCUGUUCGUCCCCCCGGCAGGGACAGCUCUGGUUCAACACUCAGCGGAAAAGUCUGCUCCUCUGUGACGGACAGCUGUGGAGGACACUGCUGCACCAUAAGGAGCGCCUGGACUACUUGGAGGACUACCAGGACCUGUACACUCGCUCCGAGACGUUUGACGUGGAGGUCUUCUCCAUCGCUUCUGAAGGCCUCUUCAUGGCUGCAGCCAACAGGGACUCCAGGUCGGGAUCUGGGAUCUACCGAUGGCGGGACGGUUCCUUCCAGCUGUUCCAGAACAUCAGCACUCAGGAGGCUCGAGCCUUUAAACACUUCACCAUCGAGGACCAGGUUUUUUUGGUGGUGGCAAACUUCAUGGAGGCGGAACCUGAGCUGUCAGUCAUCUACCGCUGGAGCCGGCGGCGGAGGCGCUUCAUGCGGUUCCAGACUCUGGAAACACACGCCGCACUAGACUGGGAGGCCUUCCGCAUCCACAACCACAGCUUCCUGGUGGUGGCCAAUCACAGACAAGACUCCAACCACAACAUCCACAGUGUGAUCUACAGAUGGAACCCUGACACCAAGCUGUUCGAGGUGAACCAGACCCUGUCCACCUCUGGAGCGUACGAUUGGGAGUUCUUCUCGGUGGGCCCGUUCCACUUCCUGGCAGUGGCCAACACCUUUGACGGUCAGACGACCGUGGUGAGCUCCACCAUCUACGUGUGGCUGGACGGCUGCUUUCAGACCUUCCAGAGCAUCCAGACUGUGGGGGCCACGGACUGGGAGAUGUUCCAGAUCGAUGGCCGGGUCUUUUUGGCGGUUGCAAACAGUCAGAAGGUGUUGGAGCGUGGCCCGAGUCUCUACAGCAUCAACUCCACCAUCUACGAACUCAACACGCUGACCCGGACCUUCAUCCGCUUCCAGGACAUCCUGACCCACAGUGCGGUCGACUGGGAAUUCUUCACCGUGGGAGAGGAGAAGUUUUUAGUUGUGGCGAAUUCCCACGAUGGCAGCUCGUACUCUCUGAACAGCGUCGUCUACAGGUGGAAGGGUUAUGAGGGCUUUGUCGCUGUCCACAGUCUGCCCACCUUCGGCUGCAGAGACUGGGAACACUUCAGCACCGCCGAAGGCUCCUUCCUCAUCUACUCCAGCGCCACCUCCAGGCUGAGCAAAGUCUUCAGACUGCGCACAUAUUGACAGGGACUAUUGCCAGAGAGCCGGGGCUGCAGGAUGAACAUGGUUAUGAAGAGGGAGACAGGAAUGUGUCGGUGGACAAGAUGAGACAGUGACUCAGGACAAUUAUCACUGUCACCGUUGUAACCAAUAACUAUUUUCCUGUUACCACGACAACAAAGCCUUUUGUUCAUUAUUAGUGUGGCUGAACCAAUCGAGAGGUGGAGGUUGAUCCAGGCUGAAUCCCACUGUCCAACCCUCCGCCUCUGUUCUCAGAUUAACCAGAUUAAUAAACUCAACAGACAGCUGCGACCCACUGCCGUCUGAAAUCCGUUCAAACAUGAAGCUGCUGAUUUCACUCGUCUCUUUGACAAAGUGAUCGUUAAAGGUUUUUAUUCCAGCUACAAGCUGUAAAUCUGUUAGAAUUUAUUUGUUUCUUUGUUCAGUUAAGUCUGUUAAGCAUAAAGGACGAGAGUGAUGAGCUAGCUUUCAGUCCUGAAGAUUUUCUGUUGUUUUAAAAAAAAGUCGUAUUUUGUUUUUAUUGUGAACUCAAAGAAAUAUUGCUACUGCAGUUUGUUCAUGGUGACCCAGGUACAUUGAUCUUUUCUUUAACCUGUAGAUAGAUAUAAAUCAGUGCACGUGUAAAAACCCUGCAAUUUAAAUGAAAUUAUUCAUUUUCAUAUUUUUUAUUCUGAAGCAGUGAUCAAUCUUAACCAAAAUUGAUAAUUGUUUUCAUAAAGUUUUUUUUCUCUGAAGCUAUGUUGCCUUUUUAUAUAAAUGUAUAAUUCUGUAUUUUAUUUUUAUGUAUAAAAAUUCACAGUAAAUAUUUCAGCUCUUCUGAGUUCUUUGGAUAAGGACAGUUGUGUCUUUUUUUUAAUAAUGAACCAGUGCAAUGUAA